CUUUGCGUCACCGCAGCGCUCGUCACCAACAUCACGUGACCUCUCGCAGCCUCAUUUGCCUCUCUGUUCAUCGCAUAUCCUGAGGCGGUGAUGACGCCCGCGAACAAGAAGACCGAGGUGACGUGCAUCAUGGCCGCCGGCGGGCAGCCGCUCGUCAUAUUCCGCCACAAGACGUCGCUCAUCAUCUGUGGCGGUCUCGCCAACGUGAGCCUGGACCACAUCCACGUCAAGCCUGCCAAGGCCAUGCUGCUGUUCGCUGCCAGUGGGGCUGACGGACGCAAGGACACCAUCAACCUCCAGCCUGCUCAGCUCGAGAUGAGUGGAGGUGGCGGCCUUGUGCUGCUGGGUGGAGACGCCUCGAGGGCAAGAUCAAGACGCUGAGCGCUGCAAGUGGUCACCAGGCGGUGUUUGAGGGCAUCUACGAUGUGGCCGACAUUGGCAGGUACGUGAGAGAGAAACACACGAGAGAGAAAUACACAUACUGUACGGGGCCAACGCAAGCGACGGUGUGUCUUCUCCUCUCCCACCCUUCAGUGUUGUUGCGGUUCAUGGCGACGGUUCGCUGACGCUCUGCCUCGCGAAGAAUGGCCUGGUGUUCCCUCAGGUCGAGGGGCCCGCAACCGACCCCACGGAUAUCGUCAUCAAGGCCAAGGGCUACGACAUCAAGGGCGAGAGCUGCAACACCACCCAGGACCAGGACGGCUACCACGUCUUCGAGACCACCGUCCGCCCCAGCGACACCAAGACACUGACGCUGACCCUCAGCCCCACCACGGCAGACAGCGAUGCGGCCUCCCCUUCUGACAACCACAACCACAACCACAACGGCAACGGCAACGGCGAUGACACGGCGUCUGACAAGGCGGACCCUUCCUACACCGUCGACCCCGACAACGAGUGAGGGAGAGGGAGAGGGAGGGAGAGGGAGAGGGGGAGGGGGGGGAUAUAUAUUGGCAGAGAGAAUGAGAUGGGGGUAGGCUCCAUUGCCGACACGUGUGUCGUUUUGAGCGAUGUGGCGACCAGUGAGGGAUGCGGGGAGAAAUCAAGUGAGGAUAUAGCGACACAUACGUUUUGUCUUGUUGGCCUUCGUUCCCAUUCGUUCGUGUGCCUAGAGGUUAGGUUCUUUUGUUAGCAGCCAGCAGGGUUUUUGAGUCCUUGCCUUUUGCAGGCAGGCGGGCCAGGCCUUCUCCUCUCUAGUGAGUGUGCAUCGACCGACCCUUUGUCGUGUGUGGCCUGUGUACAGAGAGGAUGGCUGUUUCUGGAUUCUAAGACAAUAUGGAGAAGAGAGGUAUCACAUGUGCUCUUGUGUCCAAGGGGAGAGAAAUGCUGGGGUGCUGUGUGUAUGUGUAUAUAUACUUCCGCUUUAUCUACUGGCUUUCCGUGCGUUGUGUGUCUAUACUUCAUACAGAAUCGGCUUUCUCUUCUGAUCUGUCUGCUGUAGACGGUGGCCGCUGGACAGUCACGAACAAACACGAGAGACAGACAUGUGCACGCGCACACAUCCGAGCAAAUACGAUACAGCGAGACAACUACAUGUAGGUGCCCUGGCGAACGCCACAAAGGACAAAGAAAACCCUCAGAUAAUUUAAGCAACUUGCGGGC